GUGAAAUACAAGAUUCAGGCACGACUGGAUGUGAUCGGUGGUGCGAACGCUUUUUCCUCCUCAGUCCGGCUCGUCAUCGUCUGGGCUGUCCAUCCUGAUGUAUCUCAGAAGAACUCAGGGAGUGGUCUUACAUAAGUAAACAAGAUGGCUGUGAUGAUGCAGCAGCAUCACCGCUCACCAAGGUUCGCCUUCGCGAUUUCAUCCCUGCUCCUCCUGCUUCUGUGCAUCUUGCAACCCAUCCACACUCGCAUGUCGGCUAUAUCGGACUUAAAAUCCAAAAUAUCAGGAGUGGAGGAGCUUCUGGAGGAGUUUCGCAAGCAGCUCCAGCAGGAUCAAACGUAUCGGCCGAGCGAGGUGGCCGAUUCCUGCGUGAGCGACUUCAGAUCGGUCCGGGAGAGCAUCAUCCGGGCUAAGGCCUCCAUCGAACAGGGGGCUACUUUCCUCAUGGCGCCGGAGCGAGUGUACACCUGGAGGGACUGCGUGCAUGCUUGCUGCGCGCAGCCUCACUGCACCGUCGCGGUGGUCCAGGAGGAGCCGACGCAGGCCGGGGACAGCCUCAAUUGCUAUUUAUUCAAUUGCACCUAUAAGAGCCAAAAUGUCUGCUCCUUCGCUCCGCAGCCCGGUUUCGCCUCGCAUAGCCGCUUGGUGAACGUCACGCUACCUGAUGAUGCGCAAGAGGUUGACGAGCCCCCUCGCUGUGAUGCAGGACAAGACGUUGUAAUCCAGCUGCCCACCGACUGGGCUGUUUUGGACGGCCGCGACAGUGUGGACGACCGUGGGAUCAAUAGCUUUGACUGGAUUCUCGUUAAGGGGGACCCAGCUAUCACUAUGAAGACGACUCAUCCGGGACUUCUGAAGAUCACUGGCCUGCAGGAAGGUGUCUACACGUUCCAGAUGACUGUUACCGACACAGCGGGUCAAAAGACGUCUGACAAUGUGUCUGUUACAGUGUUGGCACCUAAACGUCAAGCAGAAGUGUGUACCGGCCAUUGCUCAAACUACCAGUUCAAAUGCGAUGACGGCUGCUGUAUUGACAUCACCUUUGCCUGUGAUGGGAAGCAACAUUGUCCAGAUAGAUCAGAUGAAGACUUCUGCCCAAACUUUGAUACCAGCAGGAAGUCUGUGACCCACGCUGAAGGUCUGCCAAUCCAUCAGGUUCCAGUGACACACACUGUGGAUAGUUUUGUUCUCCAGACUGGAUCCAGGAAGACCAAUGACAACAGUAGACCUCAGGAAAGGAGCAGGGUCACACCUCCACCCAGUCUGCAGCAGAAUUCAAACAGUCAAGACCCAUGUUCCACCGCUCCAGUUGUUGGACCUUGUAAAGGCACUUUUGCACGCUGGUACUAUGACCAUGAAGCAGGAGAAUGUAAACACUUCCUCUAUGGAGGUUGCCAGGGCAACCAUAACAACUAUCUCCAGGAAUCAGACUGCGUCAGCGAAUGUAUACAGAAAAGUCCAGGUUUUAAACCAGCUACCGUGGCUCCUCCUAUCACCAAGCAGACUGAAAUAGCUGCUCCUAAGGUCUCACAGAGCCAAGAGAGUGACAUCCCAUUUUCCAAACAGUUUCCAGGAAAGGGAGGCCAUCCGGUCCCUGAAUCAGGCGCCAUCCUUCCAUUGACUCUGGGUAUUAUCAUCACCGCCCUCCUGCUUCUCAUGAUUGCCUGUCGCCUGAGACUCGUUCGCCACAAGCUGAAGAAGGCGCGGCCACUCACCACGGAGGAGUCCGACUACCUCAUCAAUGGCAUGUACCUGUAAACACAGAAUCUCUUGACAAUUCUAAACUGGAAAAUAGAAAGGAUGGAGCCAUCAGAGCUGAACUUUUUAAAGUUGCACUGCAUUUUUCCUGUAGCCUAACGUCUGUAAUUAGUUUCAUGUGAGCUUGGAAACGUCCCAUCCUGCUCUUCUUCUAUGCCUGAUGCUUCUACACUGAAACUGAUCCGAAGGGACACAAAGCCAGUAACCUCUUUUGAUGCUUUUGAGUUUGUAAAUGGAUGAAAGCAUUAGAACAUCAUCUACUGGAACUGAAUAGUUGGUCACUCACUUCGCUUACUAAAUCCACUCUAGUUCAUCCCAAAGGUCAUUUGGUUAAGGUCAGGGCAUGAAAGAACUGAACUCAUUAAGACUUGCUUUCAUUUUGGCAGACAUAUUUUCCUUCAAUGGAAUCAAAGAUAAUAGAUUUUUAUUUGUUUGUAUUAGGGAUGCAAAACCCAGUACCAGCAUCUUUUUACGGUAUCGGUGCUCGCAAUAUUGAUCAAUACUAGUAUGGUCCGCCCUAUUGUGAUCAAUUUACGAUAAGGAACUAGAAAAUCAAAAUGAGAACAGAAAAUCACCAUUCAAAAUAACAAAUAUUUUAAUUAUAAUAAUUCAAAAGUCAUUUUAAGAAAAUUGAUAUAUUGAAAUGUAAAGGUCAUUUUAAAACUAUAUCAUUGUUUUUGGAGGAAAUUUUAGGUAUCAAAAGUACUAAUGGUAUCGGUGCUUAGUAUCAGUAUCGAUGACUACUCAAAAACUUGUACCGGUCUGAAAAAAGUGGUAUUGAAAAUCCCUAGUUUAUAUUUUACAUCUGUACAAAAAUAUACUGUGCCAUUUUUCUGCUCGCAAUAUGUGAAACUGACCUGUGGAUAGAAAUGUAGAUACACCGAGUAGUGGAUUGGUACACUAAGCCAUAAUAAAAUAGUCAAAUACUACCCCUUGUCCAACUCUGCAAUGCAUCUUUGCAAAGCUUUUGGUAUCAUGGUAUUU